UCUGUCUACUUAUCUGCCUUAGUAGCAGCUUUCGGUGGAUUUGUAUGUGGAUUUGACACAGGUGCAAUAUCGGGUAUUAUGGCCAUCCCAGUCUUCAAAACAUACUUCUUUACACCUACAAAUAUGGUGUACUUUCAGGGGUUUAUUCUAGCUCUUUUCCUGAUGACAGCCGCUAUAGGAUCUCUUUUAUCUGGAUUUUGUUGUGAUCGCUUCAGUCGAAAAUACUCCAUAAUUGCUUCUGCUGCUAUAUUUUGCGCUGGAAUCUUUUUUCAAAUUCUCGGACAAGACGUUACUAUUCUUUUAAUUGGCCGGGCUAUAGGUGGAUUUGGCGCCGGAUUAAUGAGUAAUGCGAUCGCACUCUAUCACUCUGAAAUCGCUCCCCCUGAUAUUCGUGGUCGUCUUAUUAGUUUCUUUACCCUCAUGAGUUUACUUGGCCAGGUGGCUGGUUACUUUUUUACUUUCUAUACCAGUCAUUGGACAUCAAACUGGUCCUGGAGAGCACCAUGGAUGUUUCAAAUAACUGUAUGUGCAUCAUGCGCCAUUCUUUUAAAUGUCCUACCAUUCUCACCACGAUGGCUUAUUGAUCAUGGCUAUUCUGAAGACGCCCUUUUGGUUCUAGCUGAACUCCAUAGUACUGAUGUCGACGAUAUAGCCGUCCAAAAAGAAUACGAGGGGAUUAAGUCUGAAAUUGAAUUCGAACAAUCACUAGGACACCGUACCUACUCAGAGCUCUUUCACGGAAGCAAUCGCAAACGCACAUUUAUUUCAUUUUUCAUUACUAUAUCUACUUCUUUUACCGGGAGUGUGGCUAUUUGGUACUAUGCUCCACAGAUCUUCAUGGAUGCCGGUAUGACCGAUGUCUCUAGCUCAAUUGCUGCUACUGGUGGUACGGGCAUUCUUUCUUUCUUUGCCACUGCUGUUUCUCUCCGGUGGUUUGUUGAUGACUGGGGGAGGAAGCCUAUUUUCUUGUCUGGAUCUGUAUUAAUGGGCGUCAGUAUGUUUGUGAUCGGCACAAUGUUUUCACAAUACACCGUCCUCGACACUAAUACAGGGAAAGUUAUCGUCACAAAUACAUGCGCUCGCGGGACCAUCAUAGCAUUCAUUUAUAUUUUUACGGCGACCUUCUCAUCUACAUACGGUAUUGCAACAUUUGUUUAUCCUGCAGAAAUUUUCAACAUGCGUACACGAGCCAAAGGACUUGCCUUGUCUUACAGUCUUAACUGGGUCUUCUCGAUACUAAUAGCGUAUUCCGUUCCGCUAUUUAUCACAUAUACUGUUUCCGGUCUUUACUUUUUCUUCGGAACUUGCUGCAUAAUAUGUUUUAUUGGCUGCUGCUUUAUCCCAGAAACUAAAGGCCGUACUCUCGAGGAGAUGGAAAUCCUUUUU